CCCACACACACGCCCGCCAUGGCCGACGGAACACCCCAGCCUGUUGCGCCCAUCCCGCGAACCACCCGCCCCAUGAGCGAAGCCCUGCUUAACGAGAAGUGGGACCGCUGUCUCUCUUCGAUGCUCAUCCGCUCCGGUCUCGGCCUCUCUUUUGGUGUCGUCUUCUCCGUGCUCCUCUUCAAGCGCCGCGCAUGGCCCGCAACGGUUGGCCUCGGAUUCGGUGCUGGACGAGCGUGGGAAGAGUGUGACAACUCAUUCAAGCGGGCAGCCACACCCCCCAAAGACGGUCUGCGAGUUGUCAGGCCAUAAGCGAAUGAUACCGGAUGAAAAUGAGAUGGAUGGAUUCUUUUAGUACAAAUUUGAGCGUGGCAUACGACAGGUACGCUGUACAGUAGGGCAUGGCAUAGAUCGUUCUGGGCAA